AGAAGCAGCUAGUAUAAAAAAAGAAAAAGUUGGUUCGGUGUGUGUGCAAAUCAGCAAAAUUCUGGAAUAUUUUUAGUUUUUCUUUUCUUUCCAACAAAAAAGAAACCAAAUUCACAUUAUAACGUGAACAAAAAGUAUUAUUUAUUUACUUUUGUUUCGUAUCACUUGACGACGUUAUGACAGCUCCUCGUCGUUUACGUAAAGAGUUAACUGAUUUACAAGCUAUGUCAGUUUCUGAAUUGAAAUCCUUUCGUGAAAUUGCUACUGAUGAUGAUAAUCUUUUGCGUUGGACUGGCCUAAUUGUUCCACAAAAUCCCCCGUAUAAUAAGGGAGCAUUUCGGAUCGAAAUCAAUUUUCCAGCCGAGUACCCUUUUAAGCCACCAAAGAUUAAUUUCAAAACAAAAAUAUAUCAUCCAAACAUCGACGAGAAAGGUCAAGUGUGUUUACCAAUUAUAAGCACUGAAAACUGGAAGCCUGCCACUCGAACGGAUCAAGUGAUACAGGCUCUAAUAGCUUUAAUAAACGAUCCGGAGCCAGAGCAUCCGCUAAGGGCGGACUUAGCAGAAGAAUUUUUAAAGGAUCGCAAAAAAUUUAUAAAAAACGCGGAAGAAUAUACAAGGAAAAACAGUGAAAAAAGACCAGCCGAUUAGUUUUAUUAUGUUUUAUAAAUCAAAACAAAAGUCCUAAUAACGUAAUACAACCGAUGUAUAGGCUAAAAGAACCACUACAUCUAACUGAUAUAAUUAUAUAUAAGUCGAGCUCUAAUGUCUAUCCAAUUCUCUAAAGUCCGUGCGUGGUUCUCGGAAGGAAGGGUUUUAUUACUUAUAACAUAUAUAAUGUGCAUAUAUAUGUUCUUUUUCAAUUUUCUUUUCCAACGAUUUGUGCUUUUCUUUUU